AUGGAAGCCGACUGGGAGUUAGAUUCAGACAACGAGGGAAAGCGAUGGAGUCUCGGCCCGGCGUUCGACGACGCGUGUCAGCUCUCAGACGACGACCUUCUCACUGACCUCGGGAGUACCGCCGCCAUUCGAGGCGGCGAUCUUCUCACUGACCUUAACGGUACCGCCAUUCGAGACGGCGACCUUACUACGAGCAACCUCGAGAGCACCGCCGUUAGCGGCGGUUUCACUAGUGGUGUCGCCGGAAGAGACGGCCAAAGUAGCGAUGCGAGCAACGGCGCGGGGAUAAAUCGCACGUCGCAGGCCAACGGCGCGUCAAACCUUAACGGCUCGCUAGACUAUAACGGGAAUAGUGAAAGUUCUGAUCGACCUGGAAACGAGGAGGCCUUGCGAUCCGCUGGCGGCAUAGACGGCGAAGCUGUCAGUCUACGCGCUGCGGACGAGGGGAGGGAGUCCCAGGUCAAUUUUGCGCGAGCCAACGGGUCGCGCGACGCCGGGGAGCAGAGCGUGAGGGUAGCUGCGCAGUUGGAAGUCUGCGCGGAGCAGAGCGGGGCUGGCGACGUGGGUGGCAGAAGGGAGGACACAGCAGAUGGAACGCAUGUAGCGGCAGUUGCGCCUGAAUUGGCGCCGCAUAGGGAGGAGCGGAGUGCUGAGUCAACAGGGCCGUCAGUGAGUUCACUCGCGCCCGAUUUAGCGCCAGAAGAAACGUCCGCCGGAGGAUUGGCAAACGGGAGCGGCGAGUGGGUGGGGAAGGAGCCUGCGGAAGGUGUGAGGGAGGCCAAUGGUGCAACGGAUGCAGACGAGGGGAGACGAGGGCAAGGAAAGAGUGGUAGUGAGGAGAGCAGCGCAGUGAAUAGCAUAGCUGUGACUGGGAGGUGGAGUGAUCCCGGGUGGUUGGGCAUCAGGGGAAGGGCAGGGGCGCUGGGGGGGGCGCAAGGGGGAGUGCAAGGGGGAGCGCAAGGGAGAGUGCAGGGGGGAGCUUUGGGGGGAGUGCGGGGAACUGUGGGGCAAAGUGCGGAGAGAGCAGUGGUUGCAGGGAAGGGGAGUGGGCGCGUGGGGAGUCCGAGUGGAAGGAGGGAUGCAGCGCCAGGAACAGCUGCGGGGAAGGCAGGGGGGAGAUUCGAGGGGGCGGAUAGGGCGGGUGUGAGUGGCGCAGCAGGGAGGGCCGGGGGAAGUCCUUUGAGACGAAAUGGCGCAGCAGGGGGGAAGGCGGAAGAGAGAGCAGGAGGUGUUGGCGGGGGAGGAGUACGUGAUAGAGCAGGCAGUGGGGGCGGGGGUGGAGGACGAAUAAGCCCUAGUCCAGCCCAGUCCAGCCCUGUCGUUGCCCCAACGCCCGCGCCUUGUGAUCCCCCACUGACUGCUGCUGGGGUUCCUCCUGGCAUUUAUGAGGGUAUGCAGGGCGUUUCCCCUGCUGUCAACAGUGCAUCCUCAUCAUCUGAUCCCUCCCCUGAUGUGGUCAACACCACCAGCACCUUCACUUCUGCUGCUGCUGCUGCUGCUGCUGCUGCUGCUGGUGGUGGUGAAUCCAAUGCUGCUGUUGCCGGCAGUGAUCGAAUGGGUGACACUGUGAGUGCUGUAGAUAGGGUAGGAAGUGUGGAGUUGGAGGUGGGGAGAGAUGAGGGAAGAGAGGAGGAAAGGGAGGAGAGAACAGAGGAGGGAAGAGAGGUGGACGAAAGCGUGGUGGAGGAAAGAGAAGAGGAUGAAGGGAUCACUCUGCAGGAGAUUAGGGGUGACAAGCAGGCGGGGACAAGAGAUCAAGACCAAGUAGCGGAGGGAUGGGAGAAGGAGGAGGAGGAGGAAGGCGGCAAGACAGACUCGCUAAAGACAGCAGAGAGGUCAACGCAAGCAGCAGAAGCCAAGAUGACACGGUGGGUGGCAGAGAUGACACGGUGGGUGGCAGAGAUGACACGGUGGGUGGCAGAGAUGACAUCCUGCCUCCUCUUUUCCCCAACCCCCUCUGCCUCCCCUCUCCGGCACAUUGACCUGUGUUCGCUGCGCAUUAGAAGCCGCAAGGCCAACAUGCUGCACCUGCACACAUUCCCCCUUCCCCAUCACCCAUGUAACCCCCCCCAUCCCAUCUCCCCUUUCCAGCACAUUGACCUGCGCUCGCAGCGCAUCAGAAGCCUCAAGGCCCACACGCUGCACCUGCACACACAUGUGCCGUCGUCCUUCUCCUCUCCUCCCCCCUCCCCUCUCAUCCCCAUCCCUCAGUCCCCAUCUUCAGCCACGAACGAGAUGGAUCGAUACGAGCUGCGCUGGGGUAGGGCGUAUAGCCGACGGGUGGAGGAACGGGAGCGCCGAGAGCCGUCACGAGAGCGCGGGCGAUCCAUGGAGCGAUCGCCGCGCCAUGCAGCCUUCCGCGCCGAUCGGGUCCCUGUCGUGAGGGACGGUCGAGUAGCUGAUGCGCGAACGAAUGACGAAGGACACGCCGAACGCGCGGAUCGAGAUGCGUGGCUCCAGGAGAGCGGACGCGGACCUGGCGCGGAGGGCGGAAACCACUGCGGCGGAAGGGUGUUCCACUCCCCGGAGGAGCGCGGACGACGUCGCGACGAGAGAGGGCGGUGGUUGGCGUUCGGCGAGCAGUCUCGCGGACAAGGAGGGAGCGGCGGCAGCGUCACUCGCGGAGAGAACUCGCCGCACAAUGCGGUUCGAGAAGAGACGCCGGAGCAGGGCGUGGAGGACAAGGAAGAAGGAUCGGAACGGUCAGACGAGAAGGCAGGGAUAGAAGGGGCGAAUGAGGCGCGAACAGGAGGAACGGGCGAUGCGGAAACCGAGCCGGCGGAGGCGCAAGCGGAGACGAGCCCGGUGGCGGUCGCGGAAUUAGAGGCUCCGCCACCGGGAUCGCGCGGUCGAGACGAUCCCUACGAGGAAGGGCGGCGCACGGAGAGCUCCGGACGGCAGGAGCUGGGCGGGCCAGAGAUGAGCCAUCGAGCGUGGCAGGCGCCAUAUUCGCGCGGCAAGGGAAAGGAGGAGCGGUCCCGCUCGGCGGAGAGGGAGCGGCGCCUCGGGGGAGGGCGCGUGGGCGAGUUCCGCCCGCGCGGCGAGCGCCAGGAGCAGGGAGAGUGGAGCGGCGGCGCUUCGCAUUCGGCAGGACGGCAGCAGCAGCGCGGGGAGAAGGGGCGAGAGACGGAAACAGCGCCGCCGAAGUGGCACGGUCAGCAGCAAGGGGGACGCAGCAGCACCAUACGCUCGCCAGGCCGGACUAGGCAGAGGGAGCGGAGAGACAGCAGCUGGUCCCGCUCGCCGGACGGACAACACACGCGUAGGGAGAAGUACGCGGGGGAGCGGUCACCGUGGCGUCAGCCGCGCACUUAG